UGGGAGAGAGCAGAGGAGUGAGGAGCAGAAACUUCACACCAGUGAGAGCUUUGGAUAGGGAGACGGCUUAGAGAUCCGCACUUUCUACAAUGGAGCGCUCCAAACCGAGUCAAAUAGAAAGUGAAGCCUCGUCCAGCAACGACACGGCCCUCAACGGGAUUUUGGACGGCAUGGAGAAGAUGCCCAUGUGGAACGGUGCAUCUAAAGAGACACCCAAAGGUGAGAAACCAACGGGUAAGAGCAGCAACUCCCGUGCUUCGUGUUCGUCCGUGAUGGAGAGCUGGAAGGAAGAGCGCACCAGGAGUCUGGAAGAUAACGAGAUGAGUCUGCCGAGCAUCGUCGCCGCAUACACCACCAUCCUCAGGGGUCUGGGAGAAGAUCCGCAGAGACAAGGCCUGCUGAAGACGCCUUACCGGGCGGCCACGGCCAUGCAGUUCUUCACCAAGGGAUAUCAGGAGAAAAUCAUAGAUGUCCUGAAUGAUGCCAUUUUUGACGAAGACCACGAUGAGAUGGUGAUCGUGAAGGACAUCGACAUGUUCUCCAUGUGCGAGCACCACCUCGUCCCCAUCUUCGGCAAAGUCCACAUCGGCUACCUGCCUAACAAGAGGGUGCUCGGCCUCAGCAAACUGGCCAGGAUUGUUGAGAUCUACAGCAGGAGGUUGCAAGUUCAGGAACGUCUCACCAAACAGAUCGCCGUCGCCAUCACCGAGGCUCUGCAGCCCUCCGGAGUCGGAGUGGUCGUCGAGGCAACUCACAUGUGCAUGGUGAUGCGAGGUGUACAGAAGAUGAACAGUAAAACAGUGACUAGCACCAUGCUUGGCGUUUUUCGCGAGGACCCCAAAACCAGAGACGAGUUCCUCACGCUGAUCCGGAGCUGAGACGAGCCACACGUGUAGAUCAGACGCCCUUCUCAGACACGUCCAUCAGUCAUCAUCAUCUUGUUGCGAUAUCGGCCUUUUGAUGUGUGUAUGUGUGUGUGUGUGUGUUCACUCGAACCGAGACUUUGAGAGUUUUUAUUACCAUUUCUAAAUGAUAAAAUCAGCUGUAGGUCCAUGGAUUUUAAUUCUAGUAUAGCCAAUUGUUUUAUUGUUGAAACAAGAUCGUGUUUUAUUAUUAUUAUGAUAAUAAUAAUGCAUUUUGAAUCAGUUACAUAUAUUGAAUCAUUUGGCAAAUGCAUUUAUCCAAAGCCACUUAGGAAUAAUCCAGUCCAAGCACAGAAAUGAGAUGAUGAGGGUUUAACCAUCAGUCAGUAACACAACACUGACCUGCUGGCAGUCCUGGGAUUAUUUUAAACAUAACCACGACUGUACAUUAUUUAUAUUCGCACAUGCACGAUCUGAUCUGUUCUGCAUUAAAGCUGCAGUGUGCAACAUUUCCCCAUGGAAAUAGUGACAUGAGUAAAAAAAUUUCAUUGAGUACAGAAAACUAAUGUACUUACUGUAUGUUGGUUUAAGUCACCCAGGAGACCCUAAAAUAGUACGUUCUGUUGGGUUGGAUUUCAUGAUUCUGGUCUUUGCUUCCCCCAUAACGAGGUGGUUAAGCUUGUCAUCAUGAAACGAAUUCAUACAACAUGGAAGCACAAUGCAUUUUACUAAAAAAACAAAAACAAAAAAAGAACAUUUCUGUGCCAUUUGCUUGCAGUAACGUUAUAAAACCAGAGAGGUCUCCAGAUCCCUAAAGAUUACCUACUGCAGUUUUACCCGACAGCAUCGUGCACAUGCAGACGAGCUGAAAGAGAAAUCAAACCACAAACCAUUUCACUUACUGACCAGGAGUUAGGUUUUCUCCUCCUCUUAUCUACUGUAUGUUUGAUGUAAAAAAAAAC